AUGGGUGAUCAUCAGCGGGUUCCGUACCAAACUCCACCAUCAAGUCCUUAUCUAUCUCCUACAUUUAGAAGUUCUGAUAUAUCGCCGCCGAAGGGUGGUCCGCCUAAGUCUUCUCAAACAGACAUUCGUACUCAUAGGACUUUGUCAUCGUCAGGUCCAAGGGUUUCGUCUACGAAGAUGGGGGAUCCACCGAAGGGUUCUCGAUAUGCGGUUAACCGCCCCUUAGCUAAUCCUCCUACUCAUCAUGUUGAACCGACAAAUGUGCCUCCUCCUUCUUCUCAUAGUGCUGAACCACUAAGUGUACAGCAUCUUCGUUCUGCUGCCCCAACUACGAUGCUUCCCCAGAAGCGUGUGAUUCCACAGUCUACCGCUUCAGCGAAAGGGUUGUCUCCUAAAGGUACUGCGCCGAAAGUAGACCCGUCGAGGAAUCUUCCAACUAAGAGGAAGGCUUCGGAUAUGAGUCCUCCGAAGAAACCAUCUUCGAGCAAACCCGUUGGUUCUGAUGUUGCCCUAGUUAUACGUAGCGUUUUAGUUGGUAGAAAAAAUGUUACGUUUAAGCAUGUGGACCUCGAAGCAUUUAAGGUGAAGUAUGGACUCGAAGCUUUUGACGUUAAUUUUUAUGCAUUGAUGACGAUCUUACUUAUGAUAUGA